AUGGUUUCACUAUCAAUAACUGUGAUCUACUGUAAGCUCUUUUUACCAGCUGUUCGAUAAGUUUUAAAACUCCAAUAAAACGAAAGAUUUCCAGACACAACAAAGGAAAUAAGUAGGUAUCGGUGGUACUUGAUCAACAGCUUAAUAUGGUAGGCAAAGCACUCUUUGUUACAACAAAUUUCCUUGCUGUUUAGGUCAGUAUUGUUCGACGCUAUAGCCACACUUAUUGGAAUCGUCCCCCUCUUUCCUUUGCCUUGCUAUUAUGGAAUUCAUAUUGUUGGAAGUGCCGGAGAGGGGAUUCAAAUUACUUUUUUCUUCUCGGCAGUUGUUGUCCUAAUCGGAAAAGGAUAUUCCAUUAUCCUUCAACUCGAAUAUCGAUAUCAGCAAGCACAGCCAUCGAUUAGUAUUUAUCGCUGGGUUUACGACAAAUUUCUCUUUGGUAGCAACGAAUUUAUUCUUAAGGGAUUCGUGUUCGCCGUUUCUGUUGAAGUGGAAACAGUAAGGAAUUAUAUCUGCUGUUCUCUUGGGAGUAGAAACGGCUUAGCAAAAGAAAUUAAAAACGAAUCUUAAAAAACCAGUUUCCGCGCCUGACGUUCUUCUUGGAUAGACAGACUAUGUUUACCAACUAAAGCCGGGGCUAAAAAAGACCUCCAAAUUUGGCCAGCGGUGGUAACCGCUUUGACCCGCAAGCCUUGCCACAAAACUCGAUGCCAAAUUGUUAAUCACUACUUCAAGGAAUUUCUUGUGGUUGAAAUAAUCAGCAUCUACAUUUCAGAUUCCCAUCAUCAUCUCCUUUCCCGACCAAUCACAACAACGAACCUAUUUAUCCUCAAUUGACAACGUUGUGGCCAAGGUAAUCGAUGAGCAUCCCAAUUUAAUUUGUGUGGCCCCUGAUACGAGCGUGAUCAAACUAGUUCUUCUCCCCGUCCUGGUUUUAUCCCUAAUCCCAGUGUUUGGAAUCCUCUUUUUGGUGAUCACCUACUUUACCGUCACUCUCCGUACCCUAUCGAUCAAAACUUACCGGCUUCAAAUGAUGCUAUUGCUCUCUGUCGUUGCUCAGUUUCUCACAUUCCUGAUUUUCAUGAUAAUUCCGGGUUUGAUUUUCCUGGGGAGCCCAAUAUUCGGUGUUAGAAAUCUCCCAGUAGUUACUGUUUAUUGCUUCUUCCCGCUCCUGACUUACACCUCGAUUGAUUGUGCCACUAUUUUAUAUUUUAUUAAGCCUUAUCGCAGAUUUUUAGCGAAAAAAUUUCAAGCAUUUAAAUCUGCAAUUCUCAUCAAUCACAGGAAGUUGAACAUGGUCCGCCCCGAGCCUCGGGCGUUUUCAAAUAUUUGAGUUACCGAAAUAACCUGUGCAUAUAAGCUCAUAAUAAACUAUGACAAGUGGUUUUAACAUUUUUGAAAAAAAAAUUUCCACCUGUCAGUAAGGAUCAUAGUGCAGUAAAAUACGUCACUACAGGUAUUGAACUGGCCAGGAAAGGAGGCGGGUUACAAGAUUUUAAUUUUACUUGGCACUGAAGACUACGCCAAGUACGGGUAUGUUGUUAACCGAAAAGGAGCUACCUUCCAAGCAGCUUUCGGUAGUUAUAUGCACAUUUGAGCACGCUACUUUCACAAUUACCUCGUUGCUUGUGGGUUUUACUAUUGCCGUUACAUGUUGUAUGUUUCGAACCUCUUACAAAAAAAUGUUCAGUCUUUGACAAUGAACUCAAAAAAUAUUGGUGUUAUUUGAUCAACAGUCUUGUAUGGUAAGGCUUGACACUUCUGUUCCACCAUACUAUUUGAGGCUUUUCGAUGCAAUGGUGCCUUUUAUUGGUGCUGUUUUCUUGAUUUCUCUCCCUUGUUAUUUUGGGAUCAAUUUCACCGGAGACCAAAAAAUAUAAUAUCAUCAGCCAAUCUCUACAUAAUCAACUAUGCGCAUUCUCGAUCCCACCUGUCAUACCGCCAUUUUGCUUUGAAAUAAAGAACAGAAACAGUAUGGGUAUUUUGUUAGGAGAGGACGAAUUGCCCUCACCAGAAUUGUUACAUUUUUACCAUAUUUUUGAAUACGCCGCAUUUUCCGUCACCGUAGUUCUUGUGACCCUUACAUUGGUUGUAAUAUCUUGUAAGUUUUGCCAACGCAAAUAUAUCUAAGUGUGUUUAGAUUCAACUAGAGAGGUGAGUAAAUAUCGUUGGUAUCUGAUCAAUAGCCUAAUAUGGUAAGCAUUUAGGUACUACGAGAAUUCGGGUCAUGCUCGUAUAUAAAUACAUUAGCAACGCUUUAGGUCCUUGUUUUUCGAUACAAUGGCCACCUUCAUUGGUGUUGUCGCCCUGUUCCCCGUCCCAUGUUAUUUUGGAAUCAACGCUGCUGGCAAAUUGUCAAAGAACCAGCAAGCCUUUUACUUUUUUGUGGGCGUAUUUUCUCUUAUUGGAAAGAGCAGUGCAUUGGUUAUGCAACUCGAAUACCGCUAUCAACAAUCACUGGGAUCAACCUCAACUUAUCGGUUCUACUGCAAUCUUUAUAUCACGGGAAAAAUGGAGUUCUUGUUUAGAGCUGCUGUCCAACUUGCCUUUUCCGUGGUUAUUCUUGUAGGAAAAACUUUCCUGAUGACAAUUAUUUAGACUCCAUUCGUCAUCUUCUUCCCGAAUCAGGAAGAACAGUUGAAUAUGAUCGCUUCCCUUGAUUCAGUGCUUGCCAACAUUGUCGACACACAGCCGGGAGUUAUUUGUUUCGCCGCUGGGACUGAUGUGACUUUGGUCUUCAUUACGCCAACGGUGAUAAUCGCCAUUCUUCCAUUUAUUGGUUUGAGCAUACUGGGAGUAUCUUACAGCUCAAUCAAACAACAACAUCACGCCAAAAAGACGUUCCGUCUGCAGAUGAUGUUAAUGAACUCUUUGUUUGUUCAAUUUGUGGUGGCGAUCAUGUUCAUGAUAGUUCCGGGCCUAUUCUUCCUCGGCGCUCCAAUUCUUGGACUCAGGAAUAUGCCUAGGGUCAUCGUCUACACUUUCUUCCCAUUUCUUACGCAUACCUCGAUCGAUUGCUUGAUGAUUUUGUAUUUUAUUCGGCCUUAUCGGCAGCUUUUAGUCCGCAGUUUUCGUACAUUCAGAAUCACGACCUCUUUCAGUCACGAGAGCGUUGUGCCUGUCCGCACCACAAAUGUCGUGCAUCUUACACGCAUACCUUGA